AUGCAACACCUGAAAAGAAGAAAAAUUUAUAACAAAUACGUAAUAAAUAAAUGAAAAAAUAGACAUUUGUUUACCACACCAUUUAGCAAAGUGAACAAAUAAGGUUUUUGUUAAAAUUUUUGAAUUAAAAAAAAAAAGAAAGUCCAUACAAACAUUAGAAGUAACUAACUUAAAAGAAUUUACAAGUUGAUAUGAUAUCAAUUGUUUAAAAAAAUAAGAAUAAAAUAUGCAGCAAUAUUCGUAACAUUUUUGUGAUAUGAAUAGUUACUGCUAUUGAGUUGUUGCGUUCUAAUUCAUUUGAUAAUGAUUAUGCAAUUUAGGAAAAUUUUGAAGAUUACAGAGCAUUUGUCAAUAAAGGUAAGAGUUAAUUUAAUUAAUUAAACUUAGCAAAUACAAAAAGUUUAAACAGACUUGAAUUAGCUUAAUAAUACUAAGCUUAUGCAAUUUAAAAAAAUCUCAAAGAUUAUUAAGCUUUUGUUAGUCUAGGUAAAAGUUCAUUUUAUAAAUAACUUAGCAAGUAUAUUAGUAAGUGCAAACAGAUCUGAAGAAGCUUUAUAAUAUUAUGAUUAUGCAAUUAAAAAAAACCCUGAAGAUCAUUUAGCUUUUUUAAAUAAAGGUAAGAGUUCAUUUUAUUAAUUAAUUUUAGCAAAUACAUUAUUAAGUUUAAACAGAUUUGAAGAAGCUUUAUAAUAUUAUGAUUAUGCAAUUAAAAAAAACCCUGAAGAUUAUUUAGCUUUUUUAAAUAAAGGUAAGAGCCCAUUUUAUUAAUUAAACUUAGCAAAUACAUUAGUAAGUUUAGACAGAUCUGAAGAAGCUUUAUAAUAUUAUGAUUAUGCAAUCUAAAAAAAUCCUGAAAAUGCUGAUAUAUAUUAUGAUAAAUGUUAGAAUUUAUUUUAUUAAUUAAUUUUAGCAAAAUCAUUAAAAAAAUUAAAUAGAUUUUAAGAAGCUUAAUAAUAUUAUGAAUAUGCAAUUCAAAUAAAUCUUAAAGAUUAAAGAGCUGUUUUCAAUAAAGGUAAGAAUUCAACUGAAUGAUAAGACUUAGCAAGUUUCUAAAUAAGAAUACACAAAUCUGAAGAUUCUUUAUAAUAUUAUUAUAGUGCAAUUAAAAACAAACCUGAAGAUUAUUUAGCUUUCUUAAAUGAAGGUUAGAGUUCAUUUUUUUAAUUAAAUUUAGCAAAUACAUUAGAACGUUUUAACUAAUCUGAAGAAGCUUUAUAAUAUUAUGAUUAGGAAAUUUAAGAAAAUCCUGAAAAUUAUUUAGCUUUUUUCAAUAAAGGUAAGAGUUCAUUUUAUUAAUUUCAUUUAGCAAAUAUAUUAGUAAGUUUAAACAGAUUUGAGGAAGCUUUACAAUAUUAUGAUUCUGCAAUUUAAAUAAAUCCUGACGAUUAUGCAGCUUUUCUCACUAAAGGUAAGAGUUGAUUUUAUUAAUUGAACUUAGCAAAUACGUUAUUACGUUUAAACAGACCUGAAGAAGCUCUAUAAUAUUAUGAUUAUGCAAUUUACAAAAAAAAAUAUCCUUAAGAUUAUAAUAUUUUUUUCAAUAAAGGUAAGAGUUCAUUUUAUUAAUUUAAUUUAGCAAGCUCUUUAAAAAUUUUAAAAAGAUUUGAAGAAGCUAUAAAAUAUUAUGAUUAUGCAAUUAAAAUAAAACCUAACGAUUAUAAAGCUUAUUUAUAAAAAGGUAAGAAUUCAUUUUAUUAUAUAAAUUAAGCAAAUACAUUAGUAAGUUUAAACAGAUUUGAAGAAGCUUUAUAAUAUUAUGAUUAUGCAAUUGAAAAAAAUCCUGGAGAUACUGAUAUAUGGAAUGAUAAAGGUUAAAUUUUAUUUUAUAAAUGAUAUUUAGCAAAUACAUUAAAUCUAUUGAAUAGAUUUGAAGAAGCUUUAUAAUAUUAUGAUUAUGCAAUUUAAAAUAAUCCUGACGAUUAUAAAUCUUUUUUCAAUAAAGGUAAGAGUUCAUUUUAUUAUAUAAAUUAAGCCAAUACAUUAGAAAGUUUAAACAGAUUUGAAGAAGCUUUAUUAUAUUAUGAUUAUGCAAUGCAAAAAAAUCCUGGAGAUGCUGAUAUUUAUAAUAAUAAAGGUUAGAAUUUUUUUUAUCAAUUUUUUUUAGCAAUUACAUUAAAACAAUUAAAUAGAUUUGAAGAAGCUUUAAAAUAUUAUGAUUAUGCCAUUGAAAUGAAUCCUGAACUCUCUGAAAUCUAUAAUAAUAAAGGUAAGAAAUAAUUUUAUUAAUUACAUUUAGCAAAUGUAUUACAACAAUUAAAUAGAUUUGAAGAAGCUUUAAUAAAUUAUGAUUAUGGAAUUAAAAAAAAUCCAGUUAAUGAUCAAUUAUUUUACCAUAAAGGUAAGAAUUUAUUUUAUUAAUUAAAUUUAGCAAUUUCAUUAUAAAGUUUAAAAAGAUUCAAAGAAGCUUUAUAAUAUUUUGAUUAUGCAAUUUUAAUAAAUCCUAUAAAUUAUUCUGCUUUUUUCAACAAAGGUAUAAGUUCAUUUUAUGAAUUAAAUUUAGCAAAUACAUUAGUAAGUUUAAACAGAUUUGAAGAAGCUUUAAAAUAUUAUGAUGAUGCAAUAAAAAUAAAUCCUUAAAAUUAUAAUGCUUUUUUCAAUAAAGGUAUAAGUUCAUUUUAUGAAUUAAAUUUAGCAAAUAUAUUAGUAAAUUUAAAAAGAUAAGAAGAAGCCUUAUUAUGUUAUUAGUGUGCAAUUGAAAACAAUCCUAAAGAUACUGAUAUUUAUAAUAAUCAAGGUUAGAAUUCAUUUUAUUAAUUAAAUUUAGCAAAUACAUUGAAGCAAUUAAAUAGAUUUGAAGAAGCUUUAUAAUAUUAUGAUUAUGCAAUUUAGAAUAAUCCUGACGAUUAUAAAGCUUUUUUCAAUAAAGGUAAGAGUUCAUUUUAUUAAUUUCAUUUAGCAAAUACAUUAGUAAGUUUAAACCGAUUUGAAGAAGCUUUAUAAUAUUAUGAUUAUGCAAUUUAAAUAAAUUCUGAAAAUUCUGAUAUAUAUACUAACAAAGGUACAAAUUAAUUUUAUGAAUUAAUAUUAGCAAAUACAUUAAAGCAAUUAAAUAGAUUUGAAGAAGCAUUUUUAUAUUAUGAUUAUGUAAUUUAAAUAAAUCCUGACGAUUAUAAAGCUUUUUUCAAUAAAGGUAGGAAUUAAUUUUAUUGAUUCAAUUUAGCAUAUUUAUUAUAAAGUUUAAACCGAUUUAAAGAAGCGUUAUAAUAUUAUGAUUAUGCAAUUUAAAAAAAUCCUGACGAUUAUAAAGCUGUUUUCAAUAAAGGUAAGAGUUCAUUUGAUUAUUUAAAUUUAGCAAAUACAUUAGUAUGUUUAAAUAGAUCCGAAGAAGCGUUAUAAUAUUAUGAUUAUGCAAUUUAAAAAAAUCCUGACGAUUAUAAAGCUUUUUUCAGUAAAGGUAAGAGUUCAAUUUAUUAUUUAAAUUUAGCAAAUACAUUAUUACGUUUAAAUAGAUCUGAAGAAGCUUUACAAUAUUAUGAUUAUGCAAUUUAAAAAAAUCCUCUAGAUACUGAUAUAUUUAAUUAUAAAGGUUAGAAUUUAUUUUAUUGAUUAAAUUUAGGAAAUACAUUAAAAAAGUUAAACAGAUUUGAAGAAGCUUUAUAAUAUUUUGAUUAUGCAAUUUAAAUCAAUUUUGAAGAUUAUUAUGCUUUUUUCAAUAAAGGUUUAAGUUCAUUUUAUUAAUUUAAUAUAGCAAAUACCUUAGUUAAUUUAAACAGACCUGAAGAAGCUUUAUAAUAUUAUGAUUAUGCAAUUUAAAAAAAUCCUGGAGAUACUGAUAUUUAUAAUAAUAAAGGUUAGAAUUUAUUUGAUUAUUAUAUUUAGCAUCUAUAUUAAAACAAUUAAACAGAUUUGAAGAAGCUUUAUAAAAUUUAGAUUAUGCAAUUUAAAUCAACUCUGAAGAUUAUUAUGCUUAUUUCAAUAAAGGUAGAAGUUCAUUUAUUAAUUAAAUAUAGCAAAUUUUUUAGUACAUUUAAACAGAUCUGAAGAAGCUUUAUAAUAUUAUGAUUAAGCAAUUUAAAAAAACCCUGGAGAUAUUGAAUUAUAUAAUAAUAAAGGUUAGAAUUUUUACUAUAUAAUAAAUUAAGCAUUUACAUUAAAACAAUUGAAUAGAUUUGAGGAAGCUUUAUAAUAUUAUGAUUAUGCAAUUUAAAUAAAUCCUGACGAUUAUAAAGCUUUUUUCAUUAAAGGUAAGAGUUCAAUUUAUUAUUUAAAUUUAGCAAAAACAUUAGUACGUUUGAGUAGAUCUGAAGAAGCAUUAAAAUAUUUUGAUUAUGCAAUUUAGAAAAAUCCUAAAAAUUCUGAUAUAUAUAAUGAUAAAGGUUAGAAUAAAUUUUAUUAAUUAAACUUAGCAAAUACAUUAUAACAAUUAAAUCGAUUCGAAGAAGCUUUACAAUAUUAUGAUUAUGCAUUUUACAUAAAUCCUGAUGAUUAUAAAAUUUAUUUUAAUAAAGGUAAGAGUUCAAUUUAUUAAUUAAAUUUAGCAAAUACAUUAGUAUGUUUAAACAGAUCUGACGAAGCUGCAUAAUAUUAUGAUUAUGCAAUUUCAAAAAGUCCUGAAGGUUAUAAUGCUUUCAUGUAAAAAGGUAAUUAUUAAAUUUACUUAACUAAGCUAAUCUAUUUAAAAAUUUAAAUAAAUUUGAAAACCAUUCUUGA